GAUGAUGAUGAUGAUGAUGAUGAUGAUGAUGAUGAUAAUGAUGGUGACGUGGAUGAUGAUGGUGAUGAUGAUGACGAUGAUCAUGUGGUCGAUGAUCAUUAUGCUGAUGGUGUUGAUGAUGUGGAUCAUGAUCAUGAUGAUUGUGAUGAUGCUGAUGAUGAUGAUGACGAUGAUGAAGUUGAUGAUGAUGACGACGAUCAUGUUGAUGAUUCUGAUCAUGAUGAUGAUGGUAAUGAUGAUGAUGUUGAUGAUAAUCAUUACGAUCGUCAAGAUCAUCAUGAUUACGCUGAUAAUGACGAUGAGGAUGUUUAUGAUGAAGAUGAUGAUGAGGAUGAUAAUGAUGAUGUAGAUGAUGAUGAUGAUGUAUACGAUGAUGAUGAUGAUGAUGAUGAUGACGAUGAUGAUGACGAUGACGAUGACGAUGAUGAUGAUGAUAAUGAGGAUGAUAAUGAUGAUGAAGUUGUUGACGAUGAUCAAUAUGAUGAUUAUGAUGCGGAUGAUGAUGAUGAUUACAAUGAUGAUGAUGUUUCGGAUGAUGGUGAUGAUGCUGGUGAUGAUUCGGAUGAUGAUUUUGAUGAUGAUGAUGAUGAUGAUGAUGAUGAUGAUGACGAUGAUUUGGAUGCUGAUUAUGAUGAUGAUGAUGAUUAUGAUACGGAUGAUGAUGUUUCGAAUCGUGAUGGUGAUGAUGAUGAAUACGAUGAUGAUGAUGAUGAUGACUCGGAUGAUUAUGAUGAUGAUUAUGAUGAUGAUGUUGAUGAUCAUGACGAUGUUGUUGAUGAUGAUGACGAUGACGAUGAUGAUAAUGAUGAUGAUCAUGAUGAUGAUGAUCUUGAUGAUGAUCAUGAUGAUGAAGAUGAGGUUCCAGUUAUUGACGAUUAUCAUGUUGAUGAUGAUGAUGAUGAUAAUUAUGAUGAUGGUGAUGAUGAUGUUGAUGAUGGGGAUGAUGAUGAUGAUGUUGUUGACGAUGAUGAUGAUGAUGAUGAUGAUGAUGAUGAUGAUGAUGAUGCUAAUGAUGAUGUUGAUGACGACGAUUCGCAUGAUGAUGAUCCGAAUGAUGAUGAUUCGGAUGAUGACGGUGACGAUGAUGACGAUGAUUCGGAUGUUGAUGAUAUGGAUGAUGAUGAAUCGGAUGAUGAUGAUGAUGAUGAUGAUGAUGAUGAUGAUGAUGAUGAUGAUGAUGAUUCGGAUAAUGAUGAUGAUGAUGAUUCGAAUGAUGGUGAUGAUUCUGAUGACGAUGACGAUGACGAUGACGAUGAUUAUUCGGAUGAUGUAGAUGAUGAUGAUUCGGACGAAGAUGAUGAUCAUGAAGAUGAUGAAGAUGAUGAUGAUGUUGAUAAUGAUGAUGAUGGAGAUGAAGAUGACGAUGAUGAUGAUGAUGAUGAUGAUGAUGAUGAUGAUGAUGAUGAUGAUGACGAUGACGAAAAUGAUGAUGAUGAUUAUGAUGAUGACGAUGAUUCGGAUGGUGAUGACGAUGAUGAUGACGAUGAUUCGGAUGAUGAUGACGAUGAUGAUGACGAUGAUUCGGAGGAUGAUGACGAUGAUGAUGACGAUGAUGAUUAUGAUGAUUCGAAUGAUUCGGAUGAUGAUGAUGAAGAUGAUCCGGAUGAUCAUGAUGAUGAGGAUGACUCGCAUGAUUCUGAUGAUUUGGAUGAUGAUCAUGAUGAUGAAUUUGAUGAUUAUGAUGAUGAUUCGGAUGAUGAUGAUGAUGAUGAUGAUGAUGAUGAUGAUUCACAUUACCGUGAUUAUGACUCAGAUGAUUUUGAUGAUGAUGAUUUUGAUGGUGGUGAUUUUGAUGAUCAUGAUGAUGAUGAUAAUAAUAAUAAUAAUGAUCCUGAUGAUGAAGAUGACGAUGAUGAUUAUGAAGAUGAUUCGGAUGAUUCGGAUGAUGAUGAUGAUUCGGAUGUUGAUGAUGAUUCCGGUGAUUCGGAUGAUGAUGAUGAUGAUGAUGAUGAUUCCGGUGAUUCGGAUGAUGAUGAUGAUGAUGAUGAUUCGGAUGAUGAUGAUGAUAUUUCAUUAUUACUUUUGAUGAUUCGGAUGGUCAUGAAGAUUCGGAUAAUGAUGAUGAUCGUGAUGAUAUUGAACGACGAUGAUAAUUCGGAUGAUGAUUAUGAUGAUGAUGAUGACGAUGAUGAUGAUUCAGAUGAUGGUGAUGAUGGUGAUGAUGAUGAUCGUAAUGAUGAUGAUUCGGAUGAUGAUGAUGAUGAUGAUGAUGAUACGGAUGAUGAUAAUGAUGAUGAUCAUUAUGAUGAUGAUGACGAUUGGGAUGACGAUAAUGAUGAUGACCAUGAUGAUGAUGAUGAUUCGGAUGUAGAUGAUGAAGAUGAUUCGGAUGAUGAUGAUGAUAAUGAUGUUGUUUCGGAUGAUGAUGAACCGAAUGAUGAUGAUUCGCAUGAUGAUGAUAAUGACGAUGACGAUGAUUCGGAUGAUGAUGUUAUGGAUGACGAUGAUACGGACGAUGACGAUGAUUCGGAUGAUGAUGAUGAUUCGGAUGAGGAUGAUUCGGAUGAUGAUUAA